CUGUGCGCUGUUGCGACCACCAGGCGAAACACCUCGGGCAUUCCCCUAAGCCGGCCGAUGUCCGGCUACUCUGAGGAGGCACGUCAAGCGACCACUCGGCCGGCAAGAGGAUGAUACUCAGCGAACUUAUUUGCCUGCCAGUCUCUCUCCCACUGGUUUUCGAAACGUGCAAUCAGUGUGUCUCUUUGGGGUGGAUGCCAUGCUGCGCCGUUGCGGGCGGGUUUUCCAAGGCCGCAUUCGCUGACCUCAUCAGGGGAGCGUACAGUACAGGCGAGCUUCCUAAGGUCGUCAGUAGCUUUUGGCGGGAAAGCUCUUAACACGUGCCAGAGAGCGUGUGCUUCCGACCCAGUCCGCUGUGGCCUCGGAGUGUCAAAACUGCAGCCGGCUGUUUUACACAAAACUCAAGCCUCAUCACGUUAUUUCAGGCUCUGAACAAAAAUUCACUUGGUGUAGUCUGGGUCCUAAGUUUCAACAAGAAUGAGCUGGAGCCUUUCUUGCUUUGCCAUAUUGGCCGCGUGCCUGGUUUCAUGCACCACGCCUGUAACACAUGCUGCUGCGGUGCCGUCUUCGAUUGUACAAGCUGAAGAGAGGGUCAACGAGCUCGUGAAGAUUCUCUCCGACAUUAAAAAGAGCAUAAGGCCACGCAACUGCGCAGACCAGCUCCAUUCUGGUCAAACGACGAAUGGUCUCUACAAUGUCUUCCUUCGUGCGGACGACAUCACUGGAAAGGUGGUCUACUGUGACAUGGAAACAGACGGAGGAGGCUGGACGGUGAUACAGCGGCGGGGACAGUUCGGAAACGGUGCCUACUACUUUUACCGGAACUGGACGGAAUACGCAGAGGGCUUUGGUGAUCCUUCUAAGGAAUACUGGAUUGGUAACAAAGCGUUACAUGCCCUGACCGAGGAGGGCGAAGGCAUGGAACUGAGAAUCCUGCUAAGGAACCACACAGGCGACGGCGUUGCCAUUGAAUACGACAGUUUUCAGGUCGCCUCGGAGGAGGAACACUUCAAGCUGCAAUUGGGAGACCUCCUCGGUCCUGCUGGCUGGGACGCUCUCAGGGAUGGUCACAACUGCGCCUUCACAACGUUCGACCAGGACCACGACAACGCGCCGGACAACUGUGCCAUAACAUUUCGCGGUGCCUGGUGGUACAACAGGUGCCACGCGGCCAACCUCAAUGGCCUCAACAUGAACGGCUGGCACGAGAGCUUCGCCGAUGGCAUCGAGUGGAGUCUACGAGGCACGCCCGGUCACCUGUACCACUACUCGUACCCCAGUGUUACAAUGAUGAUACGUCCCUCCGGAACGCAAAUUCAGUGGCGUAGUAGGCCUAAUUCUGUAGAGAGAGAAAAGGAAGGCGCUUUAACGGCACUGUUGGAAUACGGCAUCAAAGUGUCUCGUGCAUUAGGCAAAAUGGUGGGACAAGUUUUGUUUUUCUAUGCGCUAGUCGCCGCUUCAGCGAUCACCGUGCAUUCAGCAGCUGUUGGUAGUCCAUCCAUCAAGCAGGCAGAGGAACACGUACGAGAACUCAGUCAUCUCUUGGACAACAUUAAAAAUACUGUACAGCCUAGGCAUUGCAGUGAUCUUUUGAAUGCUGGUCAGACAACAAGUGGCGUGUACACGAUAUUUCAUAAGUCAGCAGGUUCCUUGGGGCAGAGGGUCUACUGCGACAUGACAACAGACGGUGGAGGUUGGACGACGAUCCAGAGAAGGGGUCAGUUUGGCAACAGCGUGUAUCACUUCUACAGAAACUGGACGGAAUACGCCAAUGGCUUCGGGGAUCCUAGCGAAGAGCACUGGAUAGGAAACAAUGCUCUACAUGCACUCACGUCGGAUGACGCUGAGAUGUCUCUUAGAAUAUUGCUGAAGAAUAACACUGCAGACAGUGCUUCCGUAGAAUACGAGAGUGUAAGUGUUGCGAACGAAGACAAUCUUUACAAGCUGCAAGUAGGAAAGUUCCUUGGUCCAGAAGGUUGGGAUGCAAUGGUUCAUGCCAAUGGCCAAAACUUCUCCACGUAUGACCGCGACAACGAUUCCGGAGCUGCAAACUGCGCGGUCUUGUAUCGGGGUGGUUGGUGGUACAGCCAGUGUCAUGCAGCGAACCUAAAUGGUCUGAACCUCAACGGACCACACGACAGCUACGCAGACGGAAUCGAAUGGAGUGUGCGAAACGGCCCAGCUCGCCUGUACCACUAUUCUUACCCGGUUGUUGAAAUGAUGAUCAGGCCAGCCGGGUCGACACUUGACCGAAGAAGCCUUCCACCUUUGUCUUAAUUUUACUGUGUACAAGAUAACAAUCGUUUUCCUAUUAAUCUGAGAUCUGGACAUAUAGGGUAAUGGUAUAAUCUAGCUUGACAUGAACACAAACUAGACACUAUAGGACUACUCCAAACAGGUUAUAAGCUGCUUGGACUACUGACGCUUUUUACCGCUCAUUCACUGGCCGCGAAAAUGUGCACUCUAAGUGAAUCUGUAGGUAUCCUAGCUGUUUAAUAAUGCAUAGUAUUAGCUACCUAACUUUAGUUGAGGAAACACAAUUUGAAUAACUGACUAGAUGAGGUACAAAUGUCAUCUACUCACUGGAACGCUAAAUUUAGUGACCCUUCUUAGAGUAUGACACUGAUACGAGGCAGAAGGCGUUUUACUUCCCGUUAUAUAUUUCAUUUCGUGUCAUUUCAUUUAUUCAACUUUAAGGGCUUGAAGGCAUUACAUAAGGGGGGGGGGUCAUACAUCUAGGUUGCAAGUUUCUAAGCAAUGUAACAAUAUUAGGGUGCACACUAAUUACAAUGAAUAAGCAAAUAAAGAACACAAGCGGAAAUAACACGCAUAACAAAACAAAGAAAAAAUAUGAUAGGCUCUAAAUAAAUUUUGGGAGUACAUUAAAACAACUAUAAACGCAAAGGUUAAUGGGCUGUUAGGACACUGUAUUUGGAUUUUGUAAAGGAGUUAGUUUUUCGCGAAAUGUUGAGUGGUUCCUGCAAGAAACAACAUUAUCCGGCAGCGCAUUCCAGAGCGUUAUGGCAUGGGGGAAAAAUGAGCUGCUCAUCACCGUCGUCCGGCAUUUUUUAAAUCAGGUGGUCUUUCGUGCGAAAUCGAAUUAAAGUAAGCACAUGCGCGUGCCAACGUGAGCCCACCUGAACAGCUGUCAGGUGCGUCUGAAACGAAGGUGCCUUUCAUUUUCUAGCAGGUAAUGAACUUCUCAGGCAAGUAUAAUUGUUUAAAUUUUCUCAAUGGGCGGCCGUGUUAACAGCAGUCAGAUUUUUACAAUACUGUUGUAACGCCCUGUUGAGAAUCCAGCCAUUUGCUCUUAUAAUGAUUUUCACUUUAUUAAGGAGCAACUAAAUGGAACCUUAUGUGGUCAAUUUCGCGAGCUGUAAGGCACAAUCAUUGAAUUGAUCCCAUGUAACAAUUGUGAAUUGUUGCCAUGUAAGUAGUAAUGUUCUUGCACGGUGGAGGGAAAAGAAAGCAAGUUUCGUGCAAAAAGAUACUGGAUAUUCUAGUGUACAGCAUCUAGGUAGCUGUUUCUGCGUUGAUAGGCGUCGUCUUUCAAGUUGCCGUCAGUGGUGUUACUGAUAGAUUUGCCCAGGAUGAAAUUAAAUUUGAACGUGGGCUCUUGGCGUAGUAGCCGAGGAUUCUACUGAGAAGCUACA